AUGUCGCGCCCCUGGAUCUUCAUCUCGCCGUCGUCCCGCGGCGUCGGCGCUGCCCUGACGGCACACCUCCUGCGCACGACGCGGCUGCCGAUCCUCGCCACAACGCGCUCGUCGCCGUCCGAGGCGCGCGACCGGUUCCUCGCGUCGGCCCCCAAGGACGCCGCCGACCGGCUGCACGUCGUGGUCCUCGACGUGACCAAGGAGGACACGAUGGCGGCGGCGGCCGAGCGCGCGGCGGCCCUCUUCCCGCGCAAGACGCACCACCUGCACCUCGCCCUCGCUAUCCCCGGCAUCCUGCACCCGGAGAAGAACCCGGCGCAGGUCGACUACGCCAAGGCGCUGGCGACGUACCAGGUCAACACGCUCGGGCCGCUCAUGCUGAUGAAGCACUUUCACGCGUUCCUGCCGCGCAACACGACCAAGCUCGCGGCCCCCGGCGAGGAGGAGGAGGAGGAGGGCGCCAACAACGACGGCGACGCACAGAGCAGAGUGACGCUGCCGCGGCACGCGACGUGGCUGAGCAUGUCGGCGCGCGUCGGCAGCAUCACGGACAACCGCGCGGGCGGGUGGUACUCGUACCGGUCGAGCAAGACGGGCGUGUCGAGCCUCGUCAAGAGCUUUGACAACUACCUCAAGACGCGCAGCGGCGACAAUGCCGUGGCCGUCGCCUUCCAUCCGGGCACCGUCAAGACGGACCUCAGCCGCGACUUUUGGGACGGCGUGCCCGAGGGCCGGCUGCUGGAGCCUGACUAUGCGGCCGAGCGCCUCGUCGAUGUCGUCAGCACGGGCAUCGGCCUCGAGGGCAGGGGCAAGCUGUGGGACUGGCAGGGGGAGGAGAUCAAGCCAUAG